UUAUGAAGAACAUGGAGCCUCAAAGGAGAGUGUACAUAGCCCUCCCUAAAAAAUGCAUGACUGUUUUGGCCGAAAAGUGUAAACUGGUAAACAAACAGUCCUUUUUCUGACCAUCCUCAAACAUAAUAACACUUACAGGUGUAGGAUCUUAAUUUGACCAGUUUGUCACAGCAGGAAAAUAAUCCAGCAGCAACAGGAAAUGUGGAUUAUAAUUCAUGUACAUUUUUGCAGGGGUUGAUACAUUUUUAGUUAUGCCAAAUCAAGUCUUUGAUUUGCUGCAACAACAAGGUGAUCAAAUUAAGGUCAGACAUCUGUAGUUCUUAGUAGCCUAUGUCUGGUUGUAGUGUAACUAUAUUGUGUAUGUCUGUAAUAGGAAUAGUUACUUUACUAUGAUUAAUUAAAAUAUGAAUGGCUUUAUUUUUUAUCUGUUGGACAGGAUCACGGACUUUUCAUUAAGGAUCUCAGCACUUACAUAAAUGAAGGAGACCUACAAGCUUACUUCCAACAGUGGGGCAGCAUUACAGCAUGCACGGUAAACUGAAAAGUCAUAUAAAUUAUUGUAGUAUUAGCCUCGGGUGGAUAAGGCCUAAACCUUACCAUUUUAAAGGGGCAAUCUGCAUUUUAAACAACAACAAAGCACACACCCCUCCACCUUUUUAGGAAACUGCUUAGGGACGGGGCAAAAAUAUUUGACCACUUUCAAAUUCAUAGAUGGACUGAAAAUCCAUGAGAUCAAAAUGAUGUUUUGAAACUAAACUGGGUUUGUUUACAAUUUAAAACAAAGUAUUUUCUUGGAUUAUUGGUUUUUAUUGGUUAUGAUGAUGGUCCAUCCUUUGAAAACAGAUCAAGAAGACUCCGCAGGACUCUGACUCAAAGAGUGCCAGUGCGUUGGGAUUUGUCAUGUUUUCCUCUGAGGAGGAGGCAGAUAAGGCAGACUGGGCGGGUCAUCACUAUAUAGGAGGCAUGGAUGUGGAGGUCAAGAGAGUUGUCAGUCUGAAGGUAAAUCAAUAGACAGAGCACUGGGCAAAAACUGGUUGAACGAAUCAACAAUUUUCACCCAACUUUUCACCUAAAUCCAGUGACAUUUUUUGUUGAAAACACGUUUUAAUGAGUGUUGUGUUGACAUGGUUGAGUGUAUGUUCCUUUUAUCCAGCACAUGCAGCCAGUCUUAUCAAUAUGUCACUUUAGGAAAGUCUGAGUCAAGUCACAGGUCUUUGUACAUUAGUCAAGUCUUAAGUCUCAACAGGGCGAGUCUGAGUCAAAUCUCAAGUCUCUCUCUUCAGAAACAGAUGCAUGUUAUGAUCCAUGCAGGUUAACAUUGCGUUGCCUUUAAGACUCUUCUAGGUCAAAGGUCAAUUAUUAAUUGUUUUAUUCAACCGUUGACUAUUCUUAGAACAUUGAGUCAAGUUUAAAGUCAUAUGCAAGAGUCCAACUGAAGUUACGAGUCAUUGUUUUUGCGAGACUUUGGAAGACGUGGAUGUCAAUUAAGGCAGCCCUCCUCACCUCUCUGAUUCAGAGGGGGUUGGGUUAAAUGUGGAAGAUUUCAGUUGAAUGCAUUCAGUUGUACAACUGACUAGGUAUCCCCCUUUCCCUUCCCGUUACCAUACUAAAAUCUAAUUUUCCAUAUAGAUGGAUGAACCAGAAGGUUCAGAAGGUUGAGGUCAUCCCUGCCAGGUCUAUCCCCAGAUGGUCCAUGGAUAUGGGAUACAUUCUUGAUAAUGCUCAAUGGUUAGAUGAAGUGGCUGGAUGAUACUGUACUAACCCUACUAUUACCGGGGGCAAAAAAUAGGAAAAAAGUUAAAACGAACCCUAAAUUUUUUGGGCCCACCUUUAAAUUUCAAACAUGACUGGGCAGGGGUACAGCCAUGGGAGGCUGGGGGGCCCUGGUUACCCCUUUUAAAGCCGGGGGCCCACUCCUGGAGCCCCCCACAAAUUCCUCCCUCUACACCCCAAUUGAAGCUCCCAAAAUUGAGACACUGUGGCUUGUGUUUGUGACAAAAUGCACAUUUUAGUUGGCCUUUUUUUGUCCCCACAAAAGGGCACCUUUGAAAAAUGAUAAUGUGUUUACAGCUUUUGUAUGCCACACCGUCAGGGGGAUAUUUUUUUGGAAAAGGAGAAAUGCCACUCUAGGAGUAAAAAAAUUUUUCAAAAAAUUUUUGAGGAAUAUUUUUUUUGUGGUAUUGAAAAUUUGAAACAUGACCAAACCCUUUUGUUGUUUUUUAUUUUUUUUUUCAGUUACUAUAUUAUGUUUUUUUUUAUUUUUUUUCUUUGUACUCAUUAUAUUAAAUUGCACUGUCUAGCUUUUCUUUUAAUAGUUUGUCCUUCCCCAAAUUUGAACCCGUUACCUGAUUUUUACUUAAAUUAUUCUUAGGAGCUCUACAAACGGGGAGGGGGGGGAACAAUCCCCUUUUUUUCUCAGGAAUUUCGUGUUUUUAAAUCCAUAUAGUGAGCUAUGCUGCAGGGUGGAACAUGGAACUUUAGAAAACCAAGAGAGGUUGAAACACCCCUUGAUGCAGGAAGAGAACCUGUUCCCACCCCUUAAAUUCUAUCUAAAAGGGGUUUUCCUAGGCACCCAAAAGGCAAACCAAAAAAAGGUGGAAUACAUCUCUACCCUCUUUUGGUAUGAACACAAUCUCUAUCAUUAAUUUUUUGUAAAGAUCGCAUUUGGGGCCUUUUAUUGCAGAGAAGUCUAAGAAAAUUAUUAAAAUGUCUCUUGCUCUAACGGUUUUUUUUCUUUUUAAUUAAAUUAUACAAUGAUCAUUUGUUGUUUUAUAAGAUAGAAAAAGUUACCCGAUCGUUUUUUUUGUUUUUGUCUAAAGCAAAUAUCCAAAGACUACGGUUUUCACGGGGUUAAAUUAAAAAAAUUUUUUUAUUCUUUUCCCUAGUUUGAAAAAAACAGGGAGCCUAAAAGGAGAGUGUAAUCCCUCCCAAAAAAAUCAGGACGUUUUGGCCAAAAGGUAAACGGGUAAAAAAAAACAGUCCUUUUUCUGACCAUCCUCAAACAAAUAACCUAAGGGUGUGGGAUUUUAAAUUUUGACCAUUUGUCACAGCAGGAAAAAAAUCCCCCAAAACAGGAAAUGUGAUUAAAAUUUCAUGACUUUUUUCAGGGGGUUGAUACUUUUUUGUUAGGGCCAAAACAACUUUGAUUUGCUCAACAACAAGUGUAAAAUUAAGGUGACCUGUAGUUUUUAGACCUAGUCGGGUUGUAGGUAAAGUGUAUGUCUGUAAGAAAUUUUUUAUUUAUGAUUAAUUAAAAAUUAAUGGCUUUUUUUUUGUUGGACAGGCAGGGCUUUUCUUUAAAGGGUCUCGCACUUACAUAAUAAAGGAAACCCUACAACUUAUUCCAACGGGGGGCGCAUUAAAAACAUCCCACGGAAAGAAAAGUCAUUAAAUUAUUGAGAUUAGCCUCGUGUGGAUAGGCCUAAACCUUUAUUUUUUUAAAGGGGAAAUCGCAUUUUAAAAAAAAAAAACAAAACACACAAAACCCAAAAAAAACCCCCCCCUUUUUUAGGAAACUGCUUAGGGAGGGGGCAAAAAUUUGACCACUUUAAAAAUUCAUAAUGGAAAUUUUUUAAAAAUCAGAAAAAUCAAAAAUGAUUUUUUUUGAAACUAAACUGGGUUUUGUUUACAAUUUAAAACAAAGAUUUUCCCUUAUUAUUGGGUUUUUUUUAAAUUGGUUUUAUGUUUUGAUUGGGUCCAUUUUGAAACGAUCAGAACCCUUUGGGACUUAAACUAAGAGUGCCAGUGGUUGGGAUUUUCUGUUUUUUCUCUGAGGAGGGGGGGGCAGAAAUAAGGAACUGGGGGGUCUACAAUGGGGCUGGUGGGGUGGGGUUUUUCUUUUAAGGGUUUAAAAUGCAGGAAUGGGGUGGUUGAAAAAUAACAAUUUUUUCAAGCCAAUUUUCCCCUAAAUUUGUGAAUUUUUUGUUGAAAAGUUUUAAUGAGGGGGUUGUUUGACAUGUUGGGGUUAUGUUCCUUUUAUCCACACAUCGCCGUCUUAUCAAUAUGCACUUUAGGAAAGUCUGAGUCAAUCACGGGCUUUGCUUUUCAAGUCUUAACCAAAAAGGGCGAGUCUGAUCAAACUAAGUCCCCUCUUCAUAAACAGUGCAUGUUAUGAUCCAAGGGUUUAAAAUUGGUUGCCUUUUAAAAUCUUCAGGCAAAGGUCAUUAUUUUAAAUUUUUUUAUUCAACCUUUACUAUUCUUAGAACAUUGAGCAAAUUUAAAGUCAAUCAAGAGUCCCAAAAUAAGUUUUCGGUCUGUUUUUGCGAACUUUGGAAAAGUGGAUGUCCAAAAGGCGCCCUCCCCCUCUCUGAUUCAAGGGGGUUUUGGGUUAAAAGUGGGAAAAUUUCAGUUGAGCAUUCAGUUGUACAAGACUAGGUUCCCCCUUUCCCCUUUCCCGUUACCCACUAAAAAACUAAUUUUUCCAUAAGAUGGAUGAAACCAGAAGGUCAGAAGGUUGGGUCAUCCCUGCCAGGUCUUCCCCAAUGGCCAUGGGGUUUGGGGAAAUUUUUGAAAAUCUCAAUGGGUUAGAUGAAAAUGGGGUGGAUGAUAUGUACCUCAUUAUAAAAAUUCCAACUGGGCGGUCCGGAUUAUUUUAAAAAAAAAAUGUGAAGUAAAUUACCUAAUUUUUUUUUAGGGUUUAUUGUAAAACUUUCUUUUUAUUUUAAAUUUUUUUGACUGUAGCUUUAUUUACUGAUUGUAAUAAAUCCAAAGUUUUCAUGUUUUUAAAAAUUAAAGGCCUAUGUUGCAUCAUAUUUUUUAUUUAAUUUAAAACUUUAUGUUUACAUGACCCCAGGGUAAACUUUUUUUUUGAUUUUUCAUUUUUCCCUAACAUUUUAAAUAAUAUUUAUUUUGUUGUAGUGAGGGGGUUUUUUUAAUUUGGUAAUUUUUUCUUUUUAUAGAAUAACCAAAAAUUUUAAGAAAGGACAUUCCCAAAAAAAAUUGUGCUUGCUAGAAUUUUUUAGAUAGGGCAGCAGUUGUAGUAAUGAUUGAUUGCAUUUAUAGGGCCCUAUAAAAAAAGCGAGUGGGGAACCUGACGGAACACGGAAACCCAAAAUAAAAAGAAUUUACAAUUUCAAAAUUAUUGAACUUUUAGUAGGGAACCCCCCCCCCCUAAAUGUGCCUUUGAAAAUUUACAUUUGCCCAAGUUUAUCAUGACAUAAGACAUGAACAGAAUGCAUCGGGGAUUCAUUUUCUCCUUUCUGAGAGGUACGAGAAUUCCUCUUCCCUUUUUUGGGGCGCACAACUGCCACUUUGUUAGCCUUUGGGGUGUGCUAAGAAAAUUUCUGGAGAUGGAAGGCUUUUCCCCUAAAACCUUUUUAAAUUUAAAAUUUUAAAUACAAAGUACCUAUGCUUACCCGGCAGAAUUAUGAUUAUUUGCAUCAAACAGUGGGGAUUUUUUUACAAACUCUAAAAAUCAAUUGCCCCACAAAAAAACAGCUAAAAACCUCUUGCUAGGCACACUGGAAAAAAAAAGGGGAAACACCCCAAAAACAAAAUUCGCAAAAAAAUCCAACCUCUUGAUUUUUAGAACAUCCCUUUUGUUUCUGUGUACUUUUUUUUUUUAUCUGAAAAAAAAGGAAAAGAAACUUGAAAAACAAAAAGUGGAAAAAUACUAAGGAACAGGGUAAAAGUAACAAUUUUUUUUAGGGCCCUACUUUAUCUAUGCCUUUCCAAAUGCCCAAAAAGAUAAGGGGGAAACUCCCCCCAAUGUGUACGCCCCCUUUACCUCAACCUUUUGCCAGAAUGCUCACCACAUCUCGCGGGGGAGAUGGGAUAUUAGCCAAUAAAAAUGAGGGGAUGAUUAGGUGCCAUGGGAAAAGGGUUAGAAUUUACUUUAGCAGAGCUCUCAUCCCGAACAAUUUUUCAGGGCAAAUGGGUUAAAUGCCUUGCUCAAGGCAAUCAAACAGAAUCACCUAGUCGUCGGGGGGUUGAACCACCAACUUUCGUUUCUGGGCCCAAACCCCUUUAACCCCCUAAAUCCCCCGCCAAAUUUAGCCAGGGCAAAACCCGGGGGAACAUCCACUCUACGAUAAAUGCCAGGGAUUUUUGUGCAGUCAGGGCACCCCCUUUUUAAAAUCUCUCCCAAAGACGGGACCCACCAGGGGGGUGCCUCAUCCUUCCCCUGGGGUUGGGGUUUUGUCUUAAGAUAGAGGGAGAGUCCCCCUACUGGUCCCCCAAAACCCUUUCAGGGGCAUCCAGGGGCCGCCAGGGAAAGACCCUGCUUGGCUCCAGAGCAAACCAGCAGUGGGAUGGGUGGUAGCAAGGUAGUAAUAGGGUUUUUUUAGGUUGGGGUUUUGGACAAAUUGGGUUUGGGGAUGAAAUAUAUUAAGCUUGCCCCCAAAUGGAUGUAGCAAUCACAGAUUGACCCCUUUAAAACAAAGUAUUUUCUUGGAUUAUUGGCGUUUUUAUUGGUUAUGAUGAUGGUCCAUCCUUUGAAAACAGAUCAAGAAGACUCCGCAGGACUCUGACUCAAAGAGUGCCAGUGCGUUGGGAUUUGUCAUGUUUUCCUCUGAGGAGGAGGCAGAUGAGGCAGACUGGGCGGCUCCUCACUAUAUAGGAGGCAUGGAUGUGGAGGUCAAGAGAGUUGUCAGUCUGAAGGUAAAUCAAUAGACGGAGCACUGGGCAAAAACUGGUUGAACGAAUCAACAAUUUUUCACCCAAAUUUUCACCUAAAUCCGGUGACAUUUUUUGUUGAUUUCACGUUGAAAACACAUUUUAAUGAGUGUUGUGUUGAGUGUUGUGUUGACAUGGUUGAGUGUUGUGUUGACAUGGUUGAGUGUUGUGUUGACAUGGUUGAGUGUUGUGUUGACAUGGUUGAGUGUUGUGUUGACAUGGUUGAGUGUUGUGUUGACAUGGUUGAGUGUUGUGUUGACAUGGUUGAGUGUUGUGUUGACAUGGCUGAGUGUUGUGUUGACAUGGCUGAGUGUUGUGUUGACAUGGCUGAGUGUUGUGUUGACAUGGCUGAGUGUUGUGUUGACAUGGCUGAGUGUUGUGUUGACAUGGCUGAGUGUUGUGUUGACAUGGUUGAGUGUUGUGUUGACAUGGUUGAGUGUUGUGUUGACAUGGUUGAAUGUUGUGUUGACAUGGUUGAGUGUUGUGUUGACAUGGUUGAGUGUUGUGUUGACAUGGUUGAGUGUUGUGUUGAGUGUUGUGUUGACAUGGUUGAGUGUUGUGUUGAGUGUUGUGUUGACAUGGUUGAGUGUUGUUGACAUGGUUGAGUGUUGUUGACAUGGUUGAGUGUUGUUGACAUGGUUGAGUGUUGUUGACAUGGUUGAGUGUUGUGUUGACAUGGUUGAGUGUUGUGUUGACAUGGUUGAGUGUUGUGUUGACAUGGUUGAGUGUUGUGUUGUGUUGACAUGGUUGAGUGUAUGUUGCUUUUAUCCAGCACAUGCAGCCAGUCUUAUCAAUAUGUCACUUUAGGAAAGUCUGAGUCAAGUCACAGGUCUUUGUGCAUUAGUCAAGUCUUAAGUCUCAACAGGGCGAGUCUGAGUCAAAUCUCAAGUCUCUCUCUUCAUAAACAGAUGCAUGUUAUGAUCCAUGCAGGUUAACAUUGUGUUGCAGGUAAGACUCUUCUAGGUCAAAGGUCAAUUAUUAAUUGUUUUAUUCAACCAUUGACUAUUCUUAGAACAUUGAGUCAAGUUUAAAGUCAUAUACAAGAGUCCAACUGAAGUUACGAGUCACUGUUUUUGCGCAACUUUGGAAGAUGUGGAUGUCGAUUAAGGCAGCCCUCCGCACCUCUCUGAUUCAGAGGGGGUUGGGUUAAAUGUGGAAGACACAUUUCAGUUGAAUGCAUUCAGUUGUACAACUGACUAGGUAUCCCCCUUUCCCUUCCCGUUACCAUACUAAAAUCUAAUUUUCCAUAUAGAUGGAUGACCCAGAAGGUUCAGAAGGUUGAGGUCAUCCCUGCCAGGUCUAUCCCCAGAUGGUCCAUGGGUAUGAGAUACAUUCUUGAAAAUGCUCAAUGGUUAGAUGAAGUGGCUGGAUGAUACUGUACCUACAUUAUAGAAAAUAUCCAAACUGGACAGGAUACAUGGAUUAUUUGUAGAAAAAUAAAUGUAGAACGUAAAUUUACAUAAUUUUCUUCUAGGGUUUGAUUGUAACACUUUAAUUUAUUUUCAGAUGUGUUGUGGACUGUAGCUUGAUUUACUGAUUGUAAUGAAAUACCAAUUGUUUUCAAUGUUGUGAAUAUUAUAAGGCCUAUGUUGCAUCAUAUAUGUUUUUAUUAAUUAAAGCUUUCAUGUUUCCUACAUGAUCCC